AUGUGCCAACUGUUCCGUCGAUGGGAUCACCUCAAUUCGGACCAACUCCCCAUCAACAUUGCCGGCGGCGAAGCCAGUGGGGCCCAGGAUCCGGGACAUUGUAUGGUUGCAUUGGAAAACGGGGAGAAAGCCGAUACCGAGCGUGUUACUUCUGUGCCACCUGAACAGCAUCAACAGACCCACGUCGAUGACGGUCCGAAGCCGUCAACUCCCAAAACGCUGGCCGAGACACAAAUAUUGGACAGAACAUCUACACGACCAGACCAGUCCUAUGAUGCUGUGAGAUCAUUGCCUCCGACCAACGAUCAGCGGAUACCGGAUCCGUCCGACGCUACCGAAGACAGCUCCGCGUAUGCCGAAACGCUAGAGGGCAGUAAGAGCCACCAAGAUGGCUGCGUAAGAUCCUUGUACUGCCAGAAGUUUGAGCAUGAGUUUGGAAACUCAUUCGAAAUCGUACUGCAGGAGAUCAGCGUGGACCUGCGUUCUUGA